GGGAGUGUAAACAGAGCGAACGCGGCGGCGCUUCGGCCCCGCUGUCUCCCGGGCGGCCCGCGAGAAGCCCCACGGGGAGAUGGAAGAAGAUGAGGAAGAGCAGCGGCGGAGAAAGGUGGAAGCUGGGAGAGCAAAGCUUGCUUACUUCCGACAGAGAAAAACAAAAGGUGACUGUCCGCAUUCGAAGAAAAAGACGGCGAAGAGGAAGGGCGCGGUUGUCGCUGCGCCUGUCCAGGAGGAGAGUCCGGUAGCUGCCAAAGAUGGUGGUCUUCCUGGAGGGGGAGGUGUCUGGGAAAGUGCAUCGUGCAGCGACACACCUGGCAAGGCAGAGGGGGCAUUUGUGGCUCAGGAACAUGAAGAAGAACAUGAGAUUGAAAUUGCUGAGCUGAGUAGCAGACAUAAAGAUGAAGUGGACUGGCUGCAGGCAGAGCUCGGCGGCCGGCAGCAGCGGGCAACAGCGCCCCAGGCGGAGAUGCGGCUGAUGGCGCCCCAGACCCAGACGGCACAUUCCCUUGAGCUAGAAGCGCUUCGCCUGAGUCUGAACAACAUGCACACGGCUCAGCUGGAGCUGACUCAGGCCAACCUCCAGAAGGAGAAGGAGACGGCACUCAUGGAGCUGCGGGAGAUGCUCAACAGCCGGCGUGCUCAGGAGCUGGCCCUGCUGCAGAGCAGGCAGCAGUGUGAGCUGGAGCUCCUCGAGGAGCAGCACGCCAGGGAGAAGGAGGAAAUUGUGCUCAAGUGCGGGCAGGAGACAGCUGAGCUGAAGGAGAAGUUAGAAUCAGAAAUGGAGAAAAAUGCCCAGAUACUAGAGAACCUGAAACGAGACUGGGAAUUGGAGAGAGAUUUAUGCUUAGAAAAUCUACGCAAAGAAUUAUCUGACAAGCAUCAGUCAGAAAUGGAGAAUUUACAAAACCAGCUUAAAAACGAAUUGGCAGAACAGAAAGCUGAGUUGGAGAAGAUUUUUCAAGCCAAAAAUCAGGCUGAAUUCACCCUCGUGAACCUAGAGGCUCAACAUGAGGCUGCAAUUCAGAAGUUACGUGAAGAGUUACAGUCCGAACAUUGCCAAUACUUAGAGGACAUGGAGGUGAAAUUCAAAGAAAAGGAAAAAGAAAAACAACUGGAGCUAGAGAGUCUUCAGGCAUCAUAUGAAGAGCUGAAGGCUCAGUCGCAGGAGGAAAUCAGGCACCUGUGGUCCCAGCUUGAUACUGCGAGAACCAAUCGACAGGACUUGAAUGAAUUCCACGAGCAGCUCCUGGCUCGAGCACCUCCCACUGAAGAAUUAGAACACCUAAGGCGGACUUUGAACAGCAGCGGCAGCGAGGAGAGAGAACAUGAGACCCAGCUUGAGCAAUUGAGAAUUUAUUUUGAGAAGAAAUUAAGGGAUGCUGAAAGAAAUUAUCAGGAAGAUCUGACUCUGUUACAGCAACAACUACGGGAAAUGAAGGAAGAUUCUUUCCUGACCUCUGUGGAAAUCAGUUCAUCUACAAUUUUAGAAGAGACAUCUGAGAAAGAAAGAAAAGACUACCUUGAUCAACUUAAGUUUCAACUUGAGCAACAUAAGGAGAGUCUGAUGCAUUUACAGAAGCAGGUGGAAGAAAAGCAUGAGCAUGAAUUAGAAGCGCUGACGUCGUGUCUCAGCCCUCUGUGUGAGGAGGCAGCGACGAUCAGGAUGGGCGCCUCGGGCACGCACUGCACAGAGGCCGAGCUGCUGUGGAUGGCGCAGCACCUGGAGCUCGAGCGGCUCCACGCCUCGCUUGCUGAGGGGCAUGUCCAAGCGCUGGCACAGACGCGCCUCCAGCACGCGCAGGAUGCCGCCUCUGAGGUCGAGACGGAGGUGGCAGCACGAGUCUUGAGUCUGGAAAAUGAGCAUAAAGUCAAACUUUCACUUCUUUGGACUGAACUAAAAGAAGAAAUUGAACCCUUAAAAAUAGAAAAUAGAAAUUUGCAUGAGAAAUUGCAGCAUGAAAUACAUCUGAAAGAGGGCUUGGAGAAAGUAAAUCGUAAUUUAGUCGAAGACCACCAGGAAGAACUAAAGAAAAGUAGGGAAAAAAUCCAGCUAAUGAAACAAGAAUUCAAAGAAAAAGAGGAUGAGUGGAAAGUUACAAGUGAGGACCUAAAGAGAAAAGCGGAAGAGAAAUUAGCGUUGAUCCUCCUUGAACUGAGAGAAAAGGCUGAAUCUGAGAAACUGUCAAUAAUAAAUAAGUUUGAUCUUCGAAAAACUGAAAUGAGGAAGCUUCAGGAUCAGCAGGCGGCCCAGAUCCAGGACCUGGAGAAGUCCCUGAUGGAGCAGCAGGGCCGCCUGCGGCAGCUUGAGCUCGGCCUUCCAGGAGACGAGCCCCUGCGGUGCAGCCACUGUGGCCCGGAGCCGGGAGGGGAGGCCCAGGGCUGGGGGCUCGCCACGCUCAGUGUCCAGGAGGACUGUGCACUCCAGCUGAUGCUGGCUCAGAGCAGGUUUCUAGAAGAACGUAAAGAAAUAACAGAAAAAUUCUCUGCAGAGCAAGACGCCCUCGUGCGGGAGCUGCAAGAGAAGCAUGCCAGUGAGCUCCAGCAGCUCCAGGAGGACCACCGGCGGCACAUGGUGGCAUUGACAGCCGAGCUACAGAUGAAACACCAGGCUGAGGUCGAUGAGCUCAAGGCUGCCCUGACGGGUGAGCACCGGGCUCUUCUAGAAACUCAUACAGCUGAACUGCAGACUAGACAUGCUGCAGAAAUCAGUGCUUUGGGGACAAGACAUUUGUCAAACCUAGAUUCUUUGGAAUCCUGUUACCAGUCUGAAAUUCAGAACAUACAGCAUGAACACAGGCAGGCUCUAGAAAGUUUACAGGUAGACCUGGAGGAACAACUGCAGAAGAAGGAUUCUUUUCACCAAAUGAUUAUGGCUCAGGAGUUAGAGAAAUUGAAACUGAAACAUGAUGAAGAACUUCAGUCCACAAAGGACAGCCUGAAAAUUGAAAUGAGCACUAAACAUAUUGAAAGUCUGAAAGCCAUGGCUGCUGAGCUCCAGAAUGCGCACCAGAGUGAACUUGAAAGGGAAAAGAAUGCGGCUUUGGAUGAAAAAGAGGAGCUGCACAAACUGGAGAGUGAAAAAGCACAGUCACUUUUCCAGAAGGAGAAGGAGUCUUUGUGUCUGCAGCUUCAGGAGAAGAGUAACCAGAUUCAACAGCUAAAAGACCACAUUUUAUCCUUAAGUAAUGAAAUCAGAGAGUGUCAUUCUGAGCUUGAGAAACUGCAGCAGCGACGUGAGAGAGAAAACCAGGAGGGAACGAACCUGAUAUCCAUGCUGAAGUCCGAUGUCGUGUUGUCGCACCGGGAAAGGAAAGCUCUCCAGGAUGCGCUUCACAGGCUGCUGAGUUUGUUCGGAGAGACACUGAAGGCUGCACUUGCCAUGAAGAGCCAGAUCAGUGAGCGUGUGGGGCUCUGUUUGGACGGUGAUGUGGGCGCCACGGACACAGAAAGCCAGUCCAGCGUGCGGCCAGGGGUUGAGAGCCCAUCCACAGCUCAGCCUCUGGAUGAGACAUUGCCCAGGUUUGAUGUGGCCCCACUAGACUUCCACCAGCUGUGGCCUGAGUGUGCCGAGAUGGCUUCCGUGACUGAGGUCAGCAGCCACGUGCGCGAGAGCUUUUUCAUGAGCCCAGAAACCACCCUGGAGUGUGAGCAGCCCAUUCGGAAGAUCUAUCAGAGUCUUGGGAUUGCUGUGGACAGCCUUCUGGAGAUGGCCCUGGACUCUACCAAGCAGCUGGAGGAAGCACGUCAGAUUCAUUGUCAUUUUGAGAAAGAAUUUAAUUGUAAAAAUGAGGAGACUGCACAAGUCAUUAAAAAGCAAAAGGAGCUAUUGGAAUGCUUAAAUGAAGAAAGUGCAGCAAAAACCAAGCUGAUGCUGGAGCUCCACAAAGCUGAGGGCGUCAUCGAAGGCUUCAAGGUGGAGAGAGCUGCUUUGCAGGAGGCGCUGGGCCAGAAGGAGGAGUCAGAGGAGCGCCUUGUCCUAGAAUUGGAGAACUUGAAACAGCAGCUCCAGGUGGUGACCCUUGAACAAUCAAAGCUGAAAGAGGAAUAUUCUGUCUUGCGAAACCAAAAGAACAUGUUGGCUGCUGAAGCAGGGGAAAAGGAAGCUGGCACUCCUGUUACUGUACCACAAAAGGAUUCAGGUCUACGGAAGGAGGUGGAAUGUCUAACAAAGGAGCAUUUGGAGACUAGGAAACAGGCUGAGAAAGACCGCACAGCCCUGCUCACUCAGCUGAAGGUGUUAGAGCUGGAGCUGGAAGACCAGCUUCGCCUGCACCAGGCCUGUGCGCAGCACGCGGAGGAGGUCCUGGCCUUGGAGCAGCAGCUGGCGUCUCUGGACAAGCACCUGCGCCACCAGCGCCAGUUCAUGGAUGAGCAGGCUGCGGAGCGGGAGCAUGAGCGCGAUGAGUUCCAGCAGGAGAUCCGGAGGCUGGAGGAGCAGCUCAGGCAGGCGGCCAGGCCCCAGCCCUGUGGACCCCGGGACGGCGCUAGCGCCCCACUGAGCGAGGAGGUUGAGUUGUUACAAGAAAAACUAAGACAAAAAUCAGAUGGAUUUAAUGAAUUGGUUAUAAAGAAAGAGCUGGCAGAUAGACAACUGAUAAUUCAGGAAGAAGAAAUUAAACGUCUUGAGGAGACAAAUGCUGAUGCCAGAAGAAAAAUGAUCCAGCUCCAGGAGGAAUUGGAAAAGCAGAAAAAAGUGGAGAAAGAAUUACAAGAUAAAGAGGCAUUAAAAGCUCAGCAGAUUAGCAACUUGACCCUGGCGUCCACCUUGGGUUCUGAACUGGAUGAAGCAAAAGGCCCUGCACCUCUCCUGGACGGCCCUCUUGAGGGCGCAGACAUGCAGGGGGAGGUGGUGCAGGGGAUGCUCUUACAGCAAGAGGGAGAAGUUCUGGACUUAAAAGAACAGCUAGAAAACUUGAAAGAUAACUUAGUAAGUAAAAAUGAGGAAAUACUACAUCUGAAUUUAAAGUUAGACAUGCAAAGCAGCUGCACUGCCAUCAGCAUCAGAGAACUUCAGGAAGAGAAUGCCAGUUUAAAGGCAUUUCUGGAAAACAAAGAAACGGAGAUCAUGUAUAUGCAGAAGCAGCUUGAGGCACAGCCAGGUGGGCUGGGAAGCCCUGCUCCCUGUGAGGUUAUGUAUAACAGAAGUUCUGAAAUUGAAGAACUGAAAUCAAUUAUUGAAAAUUUGCAAGAGAACCAAGUUCGAUUACAGAAGGAUAGAGCUGAAGAAAUUGAACAGCUCCAUGAAGUCAUUGAGAAACUUCAGAGAGAGCUCUCUCUUGUGGGACCCGUGGUUCAUGAGGUCAGUGACAGUCAGGGGGAGCUUCUUCAGAGUGAGCUGGAAAAAGGCUGGCUCUGCUUCCGGGAGGCUGUGCCUGAGGACCACGGGCUGCUGGGGCUGCGCGUGCAGGCCUUGGAGCAGGAGCUGUCGGCUGCGCUUGGGGCCCAAGAGUCCCUGCGGCAGAGUCUGCAGGCCACCGAGGAGGCCGCCGAGCGCCAGCUGGCCAUGCUGCGGGGCAGCGUGGCCCUCAAGGAGGCUCAGGUGGAGAGGAUGGACUCCCGGAUCAGGGUGUUCGAAGAGACCCUGAAAGAAAAAGAAACCGCAAUUGCAGAGAAAGAACUGGAAAUUGAUGCUUUGUGCAGGCAGAGGGCAGCCCACGUGAAUGAGCUGGAGGCGAUCCUGCCAGCCCUGUCCCACUGGCAGCGCGUCUUGGAGCAACAGCCCGUGGCUGCCGUGCAUGAGCCUGUGGAGCUGCAGGCGCUGCGUGCGCAGUGUGCCCGCCUCACUCACCAGCUGCAGGCAUUGAACCAGAGGUUCUUGCAGUGCCAGAAGCAUCUGGACAAGCACCAGGCUGGCCCCUCUGCAGCCUGGAGGCCUGCAGAGCUAUCCAGGGCUCACAAGGCCGAGGAAGGGGUCUCUGGGGGAGUGGAGGGUGCGUGUGGUGACAGUUCAGACCAGGACCCGGGCAGUAGGCUGCCGACCAUGGCUGCCCAGGACCUCCAGCGUCUAGUUAUGGAUGACUUGCAGGCUGCCAAAGGCCUGCUGACCUCAAAAGAUGCAGGUCUCCAAGCUCGAGAGCAUGUGAUAUCGAUCCUGACAGCCUGUCAGAAGCAGCUUGAAUCUGAGCUACUCCUUGUGAAAACCGAAAUGCCCUUGAGCGCCGAGGACAGCAGCGGAGUGUCAGGAAGCGCAGGGGUCACUCAGGGUAGGGAAACACUACUGGAGGAUUGUCUGCUGCAGAAAGUAGAUCUAAUAACUCAGGUCAAACAACUUCAAGAGAAGUUAAAUCAUCUAGUAAGUUCUAUGACCAUCCAGGGCAUGGAGACUGAAGACUUUGAAUUUCAGCAGCCACCGGCAUGCCUGUUAGCAGAUAGCUGGAGCAGUAGUUCCCCUGAUGAUGGACAAACGGACAGGUCACCUCCUGCUGAUGGAUUUAUCAUCAGCCAGAACACCUGGGAUCUAUGUGAAGUUUGUGAAAAUCAAGAUCCUUUGAUAGGAAACGAAAUGUCAAACUUUCCCAUUCAAGAAAAAGCAGAAUUGCAGAAGGGAUCACUUUGUUUAAACACGAGUUUGCCCAGUAACUCUCAUGACCUAAACUCUGAGCUGGUUGAGCCUUUUAAAAUCCAAAUGAGGGCAAUGGAUCUGUCUUCCUGGAGCUCCCCCGAGGUGGUCAGGAAAGACUCGACCCUGGAGCCCCCGCCCAGCCUCCCCCUGACGCCUUGUGCGGACGUUGCCGGCCCGCGUGGUCUGGACUCCUCCCUGGCCCAGGCUGACGAGUCGGGGCUGCUUUGUUACCCAGCGAUGUCCACAGAGGAAAAGGCCCGUUGGCGGACAGGGCCUCACUCAGUGGACCUCCCCCCCAUAGAGAAGACACCUGUGGAGAAAGAUGUUGAAGAUUUUAUCAUAACGUCUUUUGAUUCUCAAGAAAACUUAAGAUCACCUCCUCUUGCCUUAGAGGGAAAAAGCGAUGGAAGUGAAAAAAGUGAUGGCACAGGGAUUGGAGAGCUGCUGAACUGGGGUUCCGGAAGAUUCGAACCUGCCUCUGCUCUGCCUGUGGCUGCCCCUGCUGUGGAGGGGCCCCCCCACCCGCUGGCCGUGAUGAAGGAGAAGGAAGUGUACCCAAAGCACGUGCGGGCUUUGCUGAAGAUGGUGUGUGACGAGAGCCACCAGAUCCUGGCCCUGUCCGAGUUCCGUGGCGCCCCCAGCGCUCUGAGCUACGGCAAGCCAAGCACCCUACUGGAACAUGUCCCUGGCGAUCAGCAAGGUCUUCUGGGACAUCUGGCCCCAGCCACUCAGAAAGGAGAGAAGGAACCUGCUGACCUGUGUCUGGACUGGAGAGGAGAAUUCCUGCAGGCCGUCCACAAGGUGUUCCAGAAAGAAGGGACUGUGCUGAAGGGGGAGCUGCAGUCUGCUCUGCACGGGCUGGAGCCUGGGGGCCACAGGUCACUGCCGGAGCAGCUGGAGGAGGCCAUCCAAGAGCAGGGAGAGUUACAGGAGAAGUCCUUGGAGCACCUCCGCCUGUCCGAUCGGAGCAGCUUGCUGUCCGAGAUCCAGGCCCUGCGUGCCCAGCUGCGGAUGACACACCUGCAGAAUCAGGAGAAGCUGCAGCAGCUUUGCACAGCGCUCACCAGCGCGGAGGCCCACGGCAGCCGGCAGGAACACCAGUUGCGCAGGCAAGUUGAAUUACUGGCCUAUAAGGUGGAGCAGGAAAAGUGUAUAGCCAGCGAUUUACAGAAGACGCUGAACGAGGAGCAAGAGAAAGCCACUGCUGUUCGAAAGCUUCUUGUGGUAGAGCAAAAUGUGGUCAAAGACCUCAGGUCGGAGCUCAGCGAGUGUAAACAAGAAAAUGAGAGGCUGUUCAAGUCCCUGGAUGAUGUACAAAAGGAGGCCCUCCAGCUGAGGUCCCUGUUGGACAAUCAGGAGAAGGACCUGAGAGCCGCACUGCAGGAGCUGGAGAGCGAGCGUGGGAAGGAGCGGGCCCUGCAGAGCCGGCUGGAGGAGGAGCAGCUGCAGCACCAGCAGAGGGAGGGCCAGAGCACCAAGACCCUGGAGGAGUUAAGACUAUCUUUGGAGAAGCAAUAUGCCCACAGGAAUCAAUUGUGUGUUGCAUUAAAACAUGAGCAGACAGUGAAGGAGAAUCUUCAGAAAGAGCUGCAGAUCGAGUACUCACGCUGCGAGGCCUUGUUGGCGCAGGAGCGGGGCAAGCUCUCGGAGCUGCAGAAGAGCCUGGAGGCUGAGAAGAGCCACUCCCUGGAGCUGGCCGAGGCCCUGCAGCACGAGCGCCUCCUGACAGAGCAGCUGAGCCGCAAAGUGCCGGAGCUGUGUGCUCACCAGGGAACGCAGCGGCAUCACUCUGCACUGCGCAGGCUGAAGGAAGAGAAGGCCCGUGUCGUGGAACUGCAGGCAAUGCUUGAAAAAGUCCAGCAACAAGCUCUGCGCUCGAAGCAGCAGCUGGAGGCAGAGGUCCAAAUGCGCUGUGAGGAAAUCAGAAAAGAGAAGGAGGUAAGUGCCAAACUGAAGUUGAGAGUGGAGGCCCUGCAGACCCAAAAACAAGAGCUGAGAGAUUGUUUGGAGAAAGAGAGGGAGCGACCAGCUCGAGCACAGGCAGAAUUAGAGCAGAUAUGGUCAAGACUGAGAGAGCAAGAAGGACCCAAGGAGCCGAGGAACGUGGCACUGAGGCGGAGCCGUGCAGACGCCGAGAAGCGGACCCGGUGGCAGCAAGACAGGGAGAGACUGCGAGAGUUGGAGUUACAGCGUCAGCGCGAUGAGCAUAAAAUCAAGCAGCUUCAGCAGACUGUGAGGGAACUGGAGGCAAGAGAAGCAGCUCGGGGCACGGAGGGCGUUCGCACGGAUGCUCUCCACAGCGCUGCCCACACAGAGCUGUGCUUUCCACCAGAACCUGAGCAUCUCCGAGAACAGCAGGAGGAGCUGGAGAAGAUAAGGCAGCAGCUGCUCUGUGCUGCUGGGUUUUUGACCAACUUUAUUAACCAAACCAUGGACAGAACAAUUAGUGACUGGACCUCAUCAAAUGAGAAAGCUGUGACUUCUUUAUUGCAAACCUUAGAGGAACUAAAAUCUGAAUUAACCACGUCUGCUUCUUCUCAGAAAAAGAUGGCAGCAGAGCUGCAAAUCCAGCUUGUGGACGUCUUGCUGAAAGACAAUGAGUCCCUUACCAAAGCACUCAGCACAGUGACCCAAGAGAAGGUGGAGGUGUGCAGAGCCGUCUCCAAGCUCGAGAGGACUCUGAAGCACCAUCUGCAGAGGGGCUGUGCACUGAGCAAGUCGGGCAGGUCUGCAUGGAAGCAGGAGAGGAUGGCUUUGCAGAGCUCAGCGAGACACACAGACCCAGGGCUGCUGGCACCAGCUGCAAGUGAGGAAGCAAGUGCCCACACCGUCAAGAUGGAAAAAUUAUACCUGCAUUAUUUGAGAGCAGAAAGCUUUAGAAAAGCCCUGAUUUAUCAAAAGAAGUAUCUUUUACUGUUAAUUGGUGGAUUCCAGGAUUCCGAGCAGGAAACGCUCUCAAUGAUUGCUCAUUUGGGAGUAUUUCCUUCCAAAGCAGAUAAGAAAGUUACCGCAUCUCGUCCCUUCACGAGGUUCAGAACCGCCGUCCGGGUGGUCAUCGCGAUACUGAGAUUACGUUUUUUGGUUAAGAAAUGGCAAGAAGUAGACCGCAAAGGGACUGCCACGCGGGGCACAAUGCUCUGCCCAGGAGCACCAGGGCCAAGACAGCAGCGCUCUCCGCUCAAGACAAGAGAGUCCCCUCCGACCCGGGACGCUGCUGCCUGCAGCCCCAGGCCCACGGCCUCUGCCUCACCAUGCAGGAGGGAAAGAUCUAAUCCAUCCCCAAAUUCAAGAUCAGAAAGGUCCCUGACUGCUUCUCAAGAUCCAGAACACUCCUUAACAGAAUAUAUUCACCAUUUGGAAAUGAUCCAGCACAGACUAGGGGGAUACCACCAGAUUCCACUUCAAAAAAAUCCAGCCACCAGAAGAUUAAACAAUGAAUAAAAUCCUUGUGGAUCUUACCUGUGACAAUUCUAUUUGAGGAAGAUUUGUUUUUUCUCUUUUCCCAAAGAAAGCCCACGGUGUGGCCUGGGACCCUCACAUGUUCCUGCCUUCGAGUGCCAUUAAUUGUUCUCAUCUUCAUCCAUUGCUACAAAACCAGAUGGAGUGUUUUUGCUGCAAUUUCAGUGUGUUUUAGUCCCUUUCCUUCAGGAGGACAGGCCGUGUGCAUGAGCAGAAUCACUGCAGGCCUGCCUCCACGAAGGAUAAGCUGAGGACGGCUACCUUUUGUUUAUUUUCCUAGUGUACAGGUGGAAACUGUUUGAAAAACAAAACACAAAAAGGGGAAUAAAAUUAUAGUUGUUUUGUUUGUGAA